CUUGAUGGAGAUUGAUUAUACACGGUAUAAUAAUAAUUAAAUACAUUGAAAAUCAUGAAACUUUCCUACUCUGCUGCUUGCAGCUGAAUCUUGCUUUAAAAAGUUUUUAAUAAAAAUGGAUAUAUUUGGUAGAUAAUCCACGCAAUCUUUUUAAUAAAUAUCUAAUGGUGACAAUGGCUUGUCCCUCGCAGCACUGUUUUAAUAAUCUCUUUGAUUUCCUUGACUGCAUGUUUUGUGUGUUUGUGAGACAGGAGCAGCGCAUGAAAAACAUUAAAAUGGGCGCCCUCUCAUUCCGCAGCAGCUUCGUCUUCUUCGCUCUGGUUUUUGUUGCGCACGCUCUUCUUCUUGCUCUCCCCACAGCUGCUGAAUCUGAAGUCGAUGAUGAGUCUCAUUUCACUUAUCUGGAAGGAACCGGAAAAGGGCCGAAAGAUUGGGGCCGGAUUGACCCUCAUUGGCGUGCAUGUGGCACAGGGAAAUUGCAGUCUCCAAUCGAUCUGCUCAAUGAGAGAGUGCAAAUCUUUCCGCAUUUGGGGAAGUUGAAAAGAGACUAUAAACCAGCUCCUGCCAUUGUGAAGAACAGGGGACAUGAUAUCUCAGUAAUGUGGAAAGGAUACGCAGGGCAGAUCAACAUAAACGGGACUUACUACAAACUUCUACAGUGCCAUUGGCAUUCCCCCUCCGAGCACACGUUUAACGGAUCGAGAUAUGCCUUGGAGCUUCACGCAGUGCAUGAAAGCUCUCACGGGGCAAUAGCCGUGAUCGCGAUUGUCUACAAGUAUGGCCGACCCGACCCUUUGCUCAAAGAGCUACUCGAACACAUAAAAGUAGUCGACAAGGAAGACAUAGAACUGGGGGUCAUAAAUCCAGGGCUCAUCAAAUUCGGCAGCAGGAAAUACUUCAGAUACAUCGGUUCUCUCACGAUCCCUCCAUGCACCGAGGGCGUCGUGUGGACAAUAGUCAGGAAGGUAAUAGACUAG